CUCACCUCAUCCAUUAAUGCUACAUCGAAAGACGACAAAGGGAAGUUCCCACUUUUGCUACUCUCAACUUGUGUUCUUCCAUGAAUAAAUGCAUCUAUGCUGGUGGUAGGAGUAAAUGCUGAUUCUUCCCUUCCAACCGCCUCUCAUUAUUAGUUUCAUUUGUUCCAAGUCUUUCCCAUUUAUGUUAAAUUCUUUCUCUUAAUAAAAUUCUUUCCAAUAGGUAAUUUAUCGAAUUUCUCUUGAUUGUUCAUGCUGUCUACCCCAUGUUUCUUGUCUAAUUUUACUUCUACAGAAUCCAACACUAUUCACUUUCUUUCAUCUCCUCUUUAAUGGUUUCCCAAUAUCUUAUCUCUAGCCCUGUUCCAUGAAAUCAUCAGCUGUUUAUUAGGCUUUUUCUGAGUGCUCUUUUGCAGUUUUCUGAAUUUGAGAGUUGGAUGUUGGUGAGAAAUGGAACCCCUAACCAAAAGCUGCAAUCUUUAGGGCUUUUGCAAAUUUAUAAAUUUGAGUGUUGAAGUGUUGGAGAGAUAGAGGUAGCUGAUGGAAUGCUAACAAAAGCUGCAAUCUUUAGGGCUUUUGAGCAAAUGGGGCCUUCAAAUUACUCAGUUUUGGUGUUUCUUUCAUGGCUGCUGUUUGCUUGUAGCACUCAUCAGCUGAACAGCUACGAAACUCAGGUUCUUCUUCAGCUUAGGAAGCAUUUGGAGUACCCUCUGCCUCUGAGCACUUGGGAAAAUAACAAUGCUGAUUUCUGCAAUUUGUCUUCUCCACCACAGCUCACCAUCAAAUGUGAGAAUGAUUCUGUGACCGAGCUUCGAAUCAUGGGAGACAAGCCUGCAAAGGUCAGUAGUGAAUUCAAUGGAUUUGCAAUUCCAAAUCUAACACUGUCCCAGAGUUUCUCUAUGGAUUCUUUCAUCACAACUUUGACGAGGUUGUCCAACUUAAGGGUUGUUACUUUAGUGUCUUUAGGCGUAUGGGGUCCAUUGCCUGAUAAAAUCCAUAGAUUAUAUCUGCUUGAAGCUUUAGACAUGAGUUCAAAUUUCUUGUUUGGUCCCAUUCCUUCUCAAAUGUCUAGAAUGGUAAAGCUAAGGACUUUGAGCUUUGAUGAGAACUAUUUCAAUGGCAGUGUACCUGAGUGGUUGGAUUCGUGGUCGAAUCUCACUGUGUUAAGCUUAAAGAACAACAGAUUGAAUGGUGAGAUUCCUUCUGCAGUGUCAAGAAUUGCAACAUUGAUUGAAUUAGUUAUGUCUCACAACUUGCUCACUGGGAAGUUACCUGAUCUGAGCAGCCUCUCGAGUUUGCAGCUGCUCGAUUUGAGAGAGAACGGAUUAGAUUCCGAACUGCCCCCUCUGCCAAAAGGGCUUGCUAAUGUGUUUCUAAGUAAGAACUCGUUUUCUGGUGGUAUACCUGAACAAUUUGUUAAGUUGGAUCAACUUCAGCAUCUUGAUUUGUCGAAUAAUCAUCUUAGUGGAACCCCUCCUCCCCUGCUUUUCUCUCUGCCGAAUAUUAGCUACUUGAAUCUUUCAUCCAAUGUUCUUAGUGGAUUACUUCCUGAGCAUCUUAAGUGUGGAGAGGGACUUAGUUUGAUUGAUCUUUCUGAUAAUAAAAUGGUAGGUCAUCUUCCGAAUUGUUUGGACACUGCAGCAGAUAACAGAAUUGUCAAAAUUAGUGGGAAUUGCUUCUCUGCUGAUGCCAGAGAUCAACAUUCUGCAGCAUACUGCAAAGAUGUUGAGGGCAAAGGUCGAUCUAGAACGAGGGAAAUAGUGAUUCUGGCCGGUGUGAUUGGGGGAAUCGUCGUUGUAGUGAUAAUCCUCUUGCUAGUUGGUCUUAUGUUUUUCUGUAAAAGGCACCAAACACAGCAUUCAGUAGUUCAGCAUAUUGCACCUAAGGUUAAGCAAGACGAACCACCAUCUGGAAUUUCCCCAGAUCUCAUAACAAGUGCCAGGAUAAUGUCUGAAGCAUCAAAAGUUGGGAAUCAAAGUUCUCCAUCCUAUAGGGUGUUUACUGUAGCAGAACUUGAAGAAGCUACAAAAAACUUUGAUCAGUCGACUUUCUUGGGCGAGGGAUCUUUCGGAAAGGUUUACAAGGGAAAGUUAGAAAAUGGAAGCUUUGUUGUUAUACGAUCUUUAACUCUAUACAGAAAAUGCUCGAUUCAAAACCUCAAGCUGCGGCUUGAUUUGCUUUCAAAGCUUCGUCACCCUCACUUGGUUGCCCUUCUUGGCCAUUGCAUCGAUGAUGGUAUGCAAGACGACUCAAGUGUACGUAGGUUGUACCUUGUGCAAGAAUUCGUUCCUGAUGGAAACUUCAGAUCCCAUCUUUCAGAGAACUCUCCAGAGAAGGUCAUGAAGUGGCCGGAAAGAUUGGCUGUUCUUAUUGGUGCAGCCAAGGCAGUCCAUUUUCUGCAUACAGGGGUGAUUCCGCCUUCUCUGAGCAAUCGUCUAAAGACGAACAAUAUACUUAUGGACGAGCAUGGGAUUGCAAAGCUUAGUGAUUAUGGAAUGUCCAUCAUUGCAGAUGAAACUGAAAAAUCUGAUGGAAAGGGAGAGCAUGUCGAUAGGUUGCAGGACGAUGUUCACAAUUUCGGGUUCAUAUUACUUGAGUCGUUGGUAGGUCCUGUAACAAGUGGAAAAGGAGAAGCAUUUCUACUAAAUGAGAUGACAUCAUUCAGCAGCCAAGAUGGUAGGCGAAAGAUAGUGGAUCCAAUCGUGCUAACCACGAGCUCACAGGAGUCGUUGUCCAUAGUGAUAUCCAUCACGAACAAAUGUAUAUCGGGUGAGUCAUCAGGGCGCCCCUCGUUUGAAGAUGUGCUGUGGAACUUGCAGUAUGCUGCUCAAGUUCAGGCCACGGCUGAUGCAGACCAGAAGUCGGAUAGCGCGUCUCAUCAGAGCUUCGGCUAACCUCCUUUUGUUGUAGUAAUUCUUUCAUUAACUUAAUAGUAUUAUGUUGGGAAAAUGUAAAUGCAUUCAUUUCCACUAUUUGAUUUUUUUUUUCCUUGA